AUGGCAGGAAAUUCUUCAGCAAAAAAUAAACGUCAAGAAGAAAAAUAUGUUCAAAUGAUACGUGAAUUGGCAUCAUUACCAAUGAAUAAACAAUGUUUUGAUUGUAAUUCAAAAGGACCAACUUAUGUUGAUGUUACUGUUGGUAGUUUCAUCUGUACAGCAUGUAGUGGCCUUUUACGAGGUUUAAAUCCACCACAUCGUGUUAAAUCAAUAAAUAUGUCAACAUUUAGUCAAGAUGAAGUUGAAUUAAUGAAAAAUCGUGGCAAUCAGUUAAAUAAAAUGGUUUAUCUUGGUUUAUAUGAUGCAAAUGCUGGUUUUUCACCUGAUCCUAAAGAUACAGAACGUUUUAAAGAAUUUCUUUCACAAAAAUAUGAGAAAAAAAGAUGGUAUGUUGAACCAACAGAAGCAAUGAAACAAAAGGUAAAAGCUGAUACAGAAGCCAAUCUCGAUAAAACAACUCAUACUACUUCUACUACUACUCAUACAAAAUCAUCAUCAACUGUCCCACAUUCACAUAGUAUAACAAGUUCGAUUAGAUCACCACCGGAACCAUCAUCAACUGUAUCUACAAAUGUUGCACGUACAACUAGAGCUCCACCAGUCACAUCAUCUCAACCACCAAUGCUUGUGUUUGAUGCACCAGUAUCUACUACAACAAAUACUACAUCUUCAACAUCAAUUCUCGAUGAUAUCUUACAAUCUUCAGUACCUACAACAACAAGUAUAUCACCGCCGAGAAAUUUUUUCUCAGAACAACCAUUUACACAAACAACAACAACAUCAUCCAAUGAUACAAAUUGGGGAGCGUUUGUUGAAACACCUAAACAUCCACCAACUACGCUUACAAAUACAAUGUCUAUGCCAACAAAUGCUUUUGCUCAUCCACCUCCAGAACCAGCUGAUAAAUAUGCUGCUCUUUCGGAAUUAUUCAGUUCACAGAAUACAAUAAAAGAUCAACAACCUUCCAUAUUUGGAAAUACAGUUAAUGGAGGUCAUCGAACAUCUGCACCAGGUUUAAAUAAUUCUCUAUUUGGCAACGUACCAUUUUCAUCUAGUACAUCUCAAAUUCCUUCAACAUCUACAGGUAUAACUCAAAAAUUUCCUGUCCAACAACAAACAAAUAUGUUUUCUUCUCAACCAUUUCCAACACAAUUUCCUUCCAAUUCAAAUCCAUUUAUACAACAACAACAACAACAACCAUUCGGUGGAGCUAAUACAUCAAAUUUUUUUAAUAUGCCAUCAACUAAUCAACCAAAUCCAUUUUUGAAUAUUGCUCAACAACCAUCAGCCCAACAACCACCAAAUCAAUUUGGAAAACCACGUACAAAUUCAACCAAUCCAUUUCUUUAA